CAGUUCUCCUAAGACAAUCACAGAAGUUAACCAUGGCUGAGGAACAAGUUGUUGACAUCCCACAAGAGGAAAUUGCCCAAGAGGAAUUCGAGGUCGUCUCUGAGCCAGUUGAGGUCAAGUUUGUUGAGUUGGCUACCGCCAUCCCAGCUGACGUUCAACAAGCUCAAGCUGAGAUCAAGUUGUUCAACAAGUGGUCUUUUGCUGAAGUUACCGUCAAGGACAUCUCCUUGACCGACUACAUCCAAAUCACCAAGCCAACUUUCAUCUCCCACACUGCCGGUCGUUACGCUUCCAAGAGAUUCAGAAAGGCCCAAUGUCCAAUCGUUGAGCGUUUGACCAACUCUCUUAUGAUGAACGGUAGAAACAACGGUAAGAAGUUGAAAGCUGUCAGAAUCGUCAAGCACACUUUGGAGAUCAUCAACGUUUUGACCGACCAAAACCCAUUGCAAGUUCUCGUUGACGCCGUUGUCAACACCGGUCCAAGAGAAGAUGCCACCAGAGUUGGUUCUUCCGGUACCGUCAGAAGACAAGCUGUUGAUGUCUCCCCAUUGAGAAGAGUCAACCAAGCUAUUGCUCUCUUGACCAUUGGUGCUCGUGAGGCUUCUUUCAGAAACAUCAAGACUAUUGCUGAGUGUUUGGCUGAGGAGUUGAUCAACGCUGCUAAGGGUUCCUCCACUUCCUACGCCAUCAAGAAGAAGGAUGAGUUGGAGCGUGUUGCCAAGUCUAACCGUUAAGAACCUGGAAGGAUGCAGAACAGUUUGGGGGA